GCGUAAAGAAAACACGAGAAAAAAUAAAAAAGAAAUUUUUUAUGUUUGCAAGACUGCGGUGUAUUGCAGUAGCCUACAAACACCAUUCUUUCUGUUUCUCUUCUCUGCUCAGCUGUGAAAGGAGAGAACCAAGGAAAAUAAUAAUGGUGGCUCGUUGCACAUUCAAAUCUGACGAUUUAGUAGUAAAAUCACCAAAUGAUAGACGACUUUAUAGAGUGAUUGAACUAGAGAAUGGUCUUUGCGCUUUGCUUGUUCACGAUCCCGAGAUUUAUCCCGACAUUGAUUCUAAAACCCUAGGACAACACGACGAAGCCGAGGAAGAAGAAGAAGACGACGACAACGAAGAAGAUAGUGAAGGAGAAGACGACGAAGAAGAUAGUGAAGGAGAAGACGACGACGACGACGACGAAGAAGAAGAAGAAGAGGAUGAAGAAUGUAAUGAAGUGAAAGUUGAAGGAAAGGGGAAAUCUCAGACUAAGAAGGCUGCGGCAGCAAUGUGCGUAGCAAUGGGCAGCUUCUCUGACCCUUUUGAGGCACAGGGCCUUGCUCACUUUCUAGAACACAUGCUCUUCAUGGGGAGUACUGAAUUCCCAGACGAGAAUGAGUAUGAUAGUUACUUGUCCAAGCACGGAGGCUCAUCAAAUGCAUACACUGAAACUGAGCAUACAUGCUACCAUUUUGAAGUCAAACCUGAGUUUCUUAAAGGUGCCUUGAGAAGAUUUUCUCAGUUUUUCAUUUCACCUCUUGUGAAAAUUGAAGCCAUGGAACGAGAGGUACUUGCGGUAGAUUCAGUGUAUUUGUGCAUCAAUAUGGAAAUAGAAUUUAACCAGGCCUUGCAAAAUGAUGCUUGCCGCCUCCAACAGCUCCAAUGCCAUACAUCCGCACCUGGUCACCCGUUUAACAGAUUCUGUUGGGGGAAUAAGAAGAGUCUUAUUGAUGCCAUGGAGAAAGGGAUAGAUUUGCGAGAACAUAUUUUGAGAUUAUACAGGGAUUACUAUCAUGGUGGAUUGAUGAAGCUGGUUGUAAUUGGAGGAGAGUCGCUGGACGUACUUGAGGGCUGGGUUACAGAACUACUUGCUAAUGUCAGAAAAGGUUCUUUGGCAAAGCCUACAUUUGAGAUGCAAGGUCCUAUCUGGAAAACGGGUAAACUUUAUAGAUUAGAGGCAGUCAAAGAUGUUCAUAUCCUUGACUUGACAUGGACACUGCCAUGUCUUCGUCAAGAUUAUCUGAAGAAAUCUGAAGAUUAUUUGGCCCAUCUUUUGGGGCAUGAGGGCAGAGGAAGCUUACAUUCCUUUCUCAAAGCAAAAGGGUGGGCAACUUCUUUAUCUGCUGGGGUUGGAGAUGAAGGAAUGCAUCGAUCAUCAAUAGCUUAUAUUUUUGGCAUGUCCAUACACCUCACUGACUCUGGCUUGGAAAAGAUUUUUGACAUGAUAGGCUUUGUUUAUCAAUACCUUAAACUAUUACGUCAAGUGUCUCCACAAGAAUGGAUAUUUAAGGAGCUGCAAGAUAUUGCAAAUAUGGAAUUUAGAUUUGCAGAAGAGCAGCCUCAAGAUGAUUAUGCCGCAGAACUUGCAGAGCAUUUGCUUGUUUAUCCAGCAGAACAUGUUAUUUAUGGAGAGUACUUGUACAAAGUUUGGGAUGAGGAAAUGAUAAAGCAUCUGCUGGGUGUUUUGACACCAGAAAACAUGAGGAUUGAUGUGGUAUCAAAGUCAUUCACGAAGGAACAAGAUCUUCAACAUGAACCUUGGUUUGAAUCAUCUUAUACUGAGGAACAUAUUCCUCGUCAUUUGAUCGACAUGUGGAGGGAUCCCCCAGAAAUUGAUGUUGCAUUGCAUCUGCCUUCAAAGAAUGAGUUUAUUCCAUGUGACUUCACUAUUCAUGCUGAUAACUUGAACAAAGCAAACUCAUCUUUUCCUAGGUGCAUAAUUGAUGAACCAUUAAUGAAGUUCUGGUACAAGCUUGACAACACUUUUAAACUUCCUCGUGCAAAUACAUAUUUUCGCAUUAAUUUGAAAGGGGCAUACAGUAAUGUGACUAGUUGUCUUCUGACUGAGCUAUUUAUUCAACUUCUCAAGGAUGAACUGAAUGAGAUUAUAUAUCAGGCCAGCAUUGCCAAGUUGGAAACAUCUGUAUCUUUUAUUGGAGACAUGCUGGAGCUAAAGGUUUAUGGUUUCAAUGACAAGGUUCCAGUUCUUUUGUCUAAAGUUUUGGUGAUAGCCAAAUCAUUUUUGCCUACCAAUGACCGUUUUAAGGUUAUAAAAGAGAACAUCGAGAGAAGUUUGAAGAAUGCCAAUAUGAAGCCUCUAAGUCAUUCAUCAUACUUGCGACUUCAAGUUCUGUGUAAGAGCUUCUAUGAUGUAGAGGAGAAGCUGUGUGUUCUAAGAAACCUGUCUCUUGCUGAUUUGAAGGCAUUUAUUCUUGAGCUUCGUUCACAGCUUUUCAUUGAAGGCCUUUGCCAUGGCAAUCUAUUGGAAGGGGAAGCAAUCAACUUAUCAAAUAUAUUCAAAAGCAACUUGUCUUUACAACCACUUCCAGUCCAUAUGAGGCAUAGGGAGAGUGUAUUAUCUCUUCCCCUUGGCUCCAAUCUGGCUAGAGAUGUCAAUGUGAAGAACAAAUCUGAAACAAAUUCUGUAGUCGAGCUUUAUUUCCAAAUUGAGCCGGAAAUAGGAUUAAAUUCAAUAAAAUUGAAGGCGUUGGUAGAUCUUUUUGAUGAAAUUGUGGACGAGCCACUUUUUAAUCAGCUAAGGACAAAGGAGCAGCUUGGUUAUGUUGUUGAAUGUAGCCCACGAGUGACAUACCGUGUUUAUGGGUUUUGCUUCUGUGUUCAAUCUUCCAAGUAUUCCCCAGUUUACUUGCAGGAUAGAAUUGAAAACUUCAUAAGUGGCCUUGAGGAGUUGUUGGCAGUGCUUGAUGAAGCAUCCUUUGAGAACUACAAAAAUGGGUUAAUGGCUAAGCUACUGGAAAAGGAUCCUUCCCUGCAGUAUGAAACGAAUCGGCUCUGGAAUCAAAUUGUCGAUAAAAGGUAUACAUUCGACUUCUCUGAGCAGGAAGCAGAAGAACUGAAAACCAUUAACAAGAAUGAUGUCGUCAACUGGUACAAAACAUAUUUACAGCAAUCAUCUUCCAAGUGUAGAAGACUUGCAGUUCGGGUUUGGGGUUGCAACACUUCCUUGAAAGAAUUUGAAACAACGCGAGAUUCUGAGCAGGUCAUUAAAGACCUCUCGACCUUUAAGAUGUCAUCCGAGUAUUAUCCAAGCUUUUGCUGAGCUACUGCAUACCAUUUUCAGCUAUAUGAGAAAUAUGAUAAAAACCAAAUGUACUAUAAAUUCCACCGAAGUUCAGCCUUAGUUUUCACAACAAAUGGCAGGUUAAUUUUGGAAAACAAUAUUGUUUAUCCCCCUUGAAGAGGAACUGAAAAUCAAAAUGAAUGAUCAUUCUUGUAACACUAUUCAUGUCUUGAUACAUUUGCGUCGAGUUCUUAUAGAUCAAUAAUAAAGUAUAGACCCUUAGAUUGUGGAAA